AUGUCUUUCUUGUUCGGGAGAGGCAGAUCGCGGGCUGCGGCCGAUCUCCCUAGGCAAGCCCGAGAGCAUAUCCUCAAGCUUGAAAGCCCUAACGGGGUCUCCAAGGCCGAAGAGCUUGCUCGCGUGCUCAACCAGAUGAAGGUCGCUCUCCAAGGCACUCAAGAAACUGAGAGCUCACCCGAGCAGAUCUAUCAGCUCGUCACCGCUUUGAUAGACGAGGACCUGCUCCUCCUCCUCGCCACCAACCUCUAUCGCCUACCGUUUGAAUCGCGAAAGGAUACCCAAGUCAUCUUCUCCUAUGUGUUUCGCUUCCGGCCCGCGGCGGCAGCUCCAAAAAGCGACCCCAUCGCUCUAUCAUACGUGGUGUGCAACAGGCCACAAGUUCUAGUCGAGCUCUGUCGCGCCUACGACCACAAAGAGAGCGCCACUCCCGCGGGAUCGGUCCUUCGAGAGCUUCUCAAAAACGAAGCUGCGGCGGCCAUCAUCCUAUACGACGACGGCGAUGAACCGGGAUCCAGCUGCAAGGGACUCGCCGCUAUUGACCGCAACCGACCCCAGAGCGGCCGCGGCGUCUUCUGGAGAUUUUUCGACUGGAUCAACAAGAGCUCCUUUGAAGUUGCUGCGGAUGCCUUUACGACCUUUCGGGAGCUCUUGACGCGGCACAAGGACUUGAUUCCGAAAUAUCUCUCCACCAACUUCGACCUCUUCUUUGAUAAAUACAACAACACCCUAGUGCAGUCGAACAGCUAUGUCACCAAACGACAGUCUAUCAAACUCCUUGGCGAACUCCUGCUGGACCGGUCCAACUACAGCGUCAUGACGGCGUACGUCGACAGCGGCGAGCACCUGAAAAUAUGCAUGAACCUUCUCCGAGACGACAGGAAAAUGGUCCAGUACGAAGGAUUCCACGUGUUCAAGGUGUUCGUUGCGAAUCCUCAUAAAUCCAUCGCCGUUCAAAAGAUAUUGCUCAUGAACCGCGAGAAACUUUUGACCUUCCUAGCGCAUUUCCUCGAGGAUCGAACUGAUGACGAACAAUUUAUUGAUGAACGAGAAUUUUUGAUUAAGCAAAUUCGUAAUAUGCCAUCGACCCCUGUGGUCUCUCAACGCUCCGUUAGCGCAUCAUAG